AUGUACAAUGUUAAUGUUCAACCAUUUAAAGAUCCUGAUUUCAAUUGCGAUAAUCAUGAAAAGUAUACUUGUAAAACAGAAAAAGGUUAUUAUCUUGGACUAAGGAUUGAAAACGAUAAAGCUUCCAUUCUUCUGUCUGAUCAAGGCAGACGACCAUUUGAGAUAUCAAGAAGAUGCGAGGAUGGAGGUAACCAAGCAUCACUAACAAACACUGUUUUAUACGAUGACGACACUUGGGUCAUAACAAGUGAAGAAGAUGGAAUUCACUUGAAAUUCAGAGACGACGGUACUGGAAUUACUCUUCCAGAAGGACCAUGGAUUGAGGUGGUACAGACACCAACACCACCGGGAGGAACAUGUACAAAAGAGGAACAGAAACAGGUUUGUUCCAACAACGAAGCAGAAAAGGAACAGGAGAAACAGUUACCACAGAAGGAAGAAACAAUUGAGCCCCCGCAAAAGGAAGAAGCAAAAGAGAAAGUUGCAGAGUCACAAGAAACAAAAAUAGCACAACCGCCAAGAAGAAGAGGGUUCUGGUAA